AUGGAUGGCGACCACCGCAUGAAGCAGCAUGAACGGUUGAUGGCACCAUCAGGCAAUGCCGCCCACUCGGCCCGUACUCAUCGUUUCGACCCGGCCAUGCACCCGCGCGGAGACCCAACAAGCCUGUCGCAGGCGCCAGACCGGGUCCCGAUGCCCUACGACUACGGAUACACCGGCCCCGCCUUUCACAGCGGCGCGCUUCAACAACCAAACGAGGUCCAGACAUAUGCGCCGGAAUAUGCGCGCCACGCGCAACAUCCGCAAGCGCAUUCCCUCCAGCGCCGACGCGCGCAGCCCCAGGGCCCGGCGCAGUUUCUACCUUACGACUCGGCCAUGCUGUAUGGCUUCGGCGGGCAGGGCGCCGCCCAGGGUCCCUACGAGGUUGUGCCACAGUACCCGCCGCGGCAGUCUGCAGCCAUGGACGCCCUGUCGAACCAGUUUGCCGUUCCACAGUACUUUGCCCCGGAGGAACCCUCCGGCUCAGGCGUCUCGGUGCUCUCGCCGUACCUCAAUGCCCAGCUGCAGCCUUAUAAUGGCGAACCUGGCUCCAUGGCCCGCCCGAACUCCUCCCAGCCCUUCCCCGCCACCAUGUCUGAUUUCACCCAGAUUGGGACCGCUUCGGCCAGUCGAUUAGAUCCGUCGCAGCAGCCGCAGCAACAGCAUCAAAAACAACAACAACAACAACAACCAGAGCCGCAACCGCAGGCAUCGGAUCCCUCGAAUCUCGAUGAAGCCUACACUCAGUACCAGCAUGCCCUUCGCAGUACCUUUGAUCAUACGCGCGCCGGGCGAUUGGCCGAGGCCAGUCGGUCGUUGCUGGAAAUUUCCGAGUGGAUUGUGACUAAUGCCCGGGAUCUUGGAAUCCUCCGCGACGACCGUCUUCUCUACUCCGAUCGAUUGAAGCUCUGGAACAACUUCAAUCUGUGCUGGCUAGCCGUCUGCCAGAAACAAAAGGAUCUCACGCACGAUCUAAUUACCACCGGCCAACAGCCAGCGCAGAACAGCAUACUCAGUCGGGAUCGCAUGGACGCCAUGGGCAAGGACCUGAUUCAACUCUGCGAUCAGCUCGAGCAGCACGGGCUGGUGGAUUACCAGAUGGGCAUUUGGGAGGAAGAGAUUCUCUGCAGUAAGUUCGGCCCUGGCGAUCCAUUGGCUUUUCCAAAUCCAUCUUCUGAUCUCUCCCCCGAAUUCAAUAUAGUCCUGGGCCAAUGCCUCGAUCUGAUGGAGAGUCGACCUGAACUUCUCCACAUGGCGUCCGUGCCCGAGCCUGCUGCCGCGGCACCUCGACCAUGA